GGCUCGGCUCGCCUCUUCCAUCGUCUCUCUUCCCUCCCGACGAGAACCGGGCUGGCGCUGUCCCAGAGAGGGAGAGAGAGAGAGAAAGAGAGAGAGAGAGGGACGGCGGCCCGAUGAAGGAAGGGGACGUCGAGAUGUCUCCGGCCGACUCCGGCGAAGCGGAGCUGGACGACAUGAAGAAGCGACUGAAGGAGAUGGAGGACGAAGCCGCCGCUCUGCGCGAGAUGCAGGCCAAAGUCGAGAGAGAGAUGGGUUCCGUCCAAGAUCCUGCUAAUGCAGCUGCAAGUCAAGCAAAUAAAGAAGAAAUUGAUUCUCGAUCAAUCUUCGUGGGCAAUGUCGACUACUCAUGUACUCCUGAGGAAGUGCAGCAGCAUUUUCAAUCGUGUGGGACUGUGAAUAGAGUCACCAUACGUACUGACAAGUAUGGCCAACCAAAGGGAUAUGCUUAUGUAGAAUUCCUUGAGCCGGAGGCUGUUCAAGAGGCUCUCCUUCUGAAUGAAUCUGAACUUCAUGGUCGUCAAUUAAAGGUAACUGCAAAACGAACCAAUGUACCUGGGAUGAAGCAAUAUCGUCCUCGUCGGCCUAACCCUUUCAUGGGAGGCCGGUUCAGGGGUCCUUACAUGCCUCCAUUUUAUCCUCCGUAUGGAUAUGGGAAAAUUCCAAGGUUUAGAACGUCAAUGCGAUACAGUCCCUACUACUGAAUGUAUGUUUCUUGAGGGGUUGAAUUUUACAUUGUGUAGAGACUAGACAGAAGCUGCUCCAGUGACUUUUAUGUCUUUUUAAUGUGAUGAUUAUGUUUGAUCUUUGAGGAAGAAGCUGAAGGGCAUCAGCAUGCAUGACUCGUGUCUUCAUCUUGCGAGAUGUGCACUUCGAGUGCAAUUAAAGGUGCUUGAGAGUGGAGAAACAAUGUUCUGUUAUAUCCGAUGAUAGUUCAGCUGAUGAGAUUUGCUUAUUGCCAUCACUCCGCCUCCCUGAACGAUUAGAUGAUUAUGCUGAAGUUAAAAUGCUUCUUUGCGCAACUGCGUUUCUUCUCUCAUACAUGUUUCUCUUCCAAUUUGAGUCUCGUAAAUGCGGAAACUUCAAGACUGAGAUCUCCCCUUCCUUUUCAAUCAUCCUGGGAACAGGGGGAUUGUUGGUGUGUCUAUACUAGUCCUCCAGGCCAGGGUACAGUACCUCCGUCCGGGUCAUGAACUGUCAGGGAAUCCGUUCAUGUUGUUAAAUAAUACAAAGUGUUGUCAAUUGUAACAGUUUAACGGAGCGGUUUUGAUGUUGUAAAUCGAUGUGAGGUGGUUUAGAUCACAAGUCACUUUCUUUUCAAGUUAUAUUUAGAGA